AUGCCACGGAUCAGAUGGCCGUCGAAUUCAUCGAUUGCUUACCAGUUCUUUGGGUUUGGUGGAGAUUCGUGGGUUGGAUCCGGAUGUAACUGUUUCGCUCGGGUCAGAUGGGCGGUUUAUGGAUUCCAGAAAACCAACCAGUCGAAUGGUGAACUGCCAACCUUCAAAGAGUUCCUCGUUCGCGUGGUGAAUAAUCCCCGCAGGGAGUCAUACACCUGGGUCGCGGGCUCAUCCCACGCAAACUAG